GAAGUCAAAAAGUAGUUUAAGAAAAAUGUGUGCUGCAGUGUUAAGAUUACCCCCUUUACCUACAAUUAGAGAUUUAAUUCGGUUAUAUAGAUUAAAAGCAUUGAAGCAACUUUCUCAAAAUUUUCUACUAGAUGAACGUAUAACAGACAGAAUAGUUAAAUCAGCUGGAGACAUUUCUGGGCAUUAUGUUUGUGAAGUUGGUCCUGGUCCUGGUGGUAUCACAAGGUCUAUCAUAAAGAAACAUCCCAGAAAGUUAAUUGUUAUUGAAAAAGAUGAAAGAUUUUUGCCUACAUUGGAAUUAUUACAAGAAGCCAGUCAGGGUUUUGUUGACAUGCAUAUAGAAAUAAAUGACGUGAGAGAUUUCAAUUUUGAAAAUGCAUUGUCUGAAGUACCAAAAGAAGAUUGGCUUGGUUCCCCACCACCCAUUAAUAUAAUAGGAAAUUUACCAUUUAGUAUAUCAACUAAUUUAGUAAUACGUUGGCUAAAGGCAAUAUCACAGAAACAAUCAGCCUGGGCAUUUGGAAGGAGUAAGAUGACCUUAACAUUUCAAAAAGAAGUUGCUGAACGUAUGAAGGCACCCGUAACUCAUAAACAACGUUGCAGACUGUCGGUUAUGUGUCAACUUUGGUGCAACGUUAAACAUAAAUUCACAAUACCUGGAAGGGCUUUUAUACCAAAACCUAAGGUGGAUGUAGGAGUUGUUACCCUAGAACCAUUGAAAGAACCCUUUGUAGACUUACCAUUUGAAAUGGUUGAGAAGGUAUUACGACACUUUUUUAAUAUGAGACAGAAAAUUUCUCUGAAAAGUGCCCUACGUCUUUUUCCAGAGGAGUUAAGGGAGGAAUUAGGUGAAAAAUUAUUUAUCUUGGCUGAUGUAGACAGCAACGCUAGACCUUUUGAGAUAACAACUGAGGAAUAUGCCAGGCUUUGUUAUGCUUAUAAACUUUUGUGUGAUGACUACCCACAAAUUGUAGAUUUUGACUUUAGAAUUCGAAGAAAAGAUAUCAUUGGAAGUUACUGAAUGCUUUGAAAAAGUGCUUGAACUUUGUACGUUAUUUGUAGUUUAUUUUUAUUAGAUUUGUUAAUAAAAUAAAAUAAUCCUGA